AUGGCAUACAAUCUCUCGGACGUCAAGGUCUCGGAUGCAGACAACAUUGCACGAAAUGUCGAAGUCCCAGCUAUGCAAAACAGUCCGCUGUACCGGACCAUGUUCCCUCAAGCCGCCACAAUGACAGAAGCGCAAAAAAACGAAGUCAUCGACUGGUAUUCCGACAUGCUCACGGACGCUUUCCUAGACGGAGCGGAAAGCUUCCUCAAGGCGUGCUCUGUCGAUGAUGGUUCCCCCGUCGGGUUCUGCGGGUGGACAGCCAUCGAACGGAAGGGGGAGACGACGGAUGAUGAACGAUCGAAGCAAGUAUUGCGAAGAGCGACAUGGCUGCCGGAGACGCUGGACCAAGACGGCUGGAUCACCCUCUCAAGAGCCCUGAGAAUGGAGCGAGACCGGGUCUUGAAGGACCUCGGCGAUAUGAUAACUCGCCUGACCUUUAUGGCGGUACGUCCGGGGCAUCAACGGCAAGGAGUCGGGUCAAUGAUGAUGCAGCAGUUCUGCAAUGAGGCGGAUCUGCAUGGGCGAUGCGCAUUCGUGCUCGCGGCACCAGAGGGAGUUGGGCUGUAUGCCAGGUUUGGGUUUGACGUUGUCGGUUGUGUUGAGAGUCCGCAGGGCAUCAUCACUAGCAUGCUUCGACGGCCUCGAGACUCGUGA